CGCCGUUCGCAUGCGAGCCUCCCGCAACCUCUCCUUGGCCCCGCUGCACCCCUUACCUGGCCAGCUCUGCCCGGACCAUGCCCGCUAAGCUCCUCGCCGUCUUCUUCCUCCUCUCGGUGUUUCACGCCCGUUCCAGAAAGGUUGAAGAAGAUGAAUAUGAAGAUGGAACAACCAACCAAAAAUGGGUUUUAGCUCCAAAAACACAGGACACAGAUGUGACUCUCAUACUAAACAAGCUGUUGAGAGAGUAUGACAAAAAGCUACGGCCAGAUAUUGGAAAAAAAACAAUAAUUUUUUUUGUUGAUUUUUAUGUCAACAGCAUUGGUCCUGUAUCAUCAAUAAAUAUGGAAUAUCAAAUUGAUAUAUUUUUUGCCCAGACGUGGACAGACAGUCGUCUUCGCUUCAACAGCACCAUGAAAAUACUGACUCUGAACAGCAACAUGGUUGGUUUGAUCUGGAUCCCGGACACGAUAUUUCGGAACUCCAAGACAGCAGAAGCUCACUGGAUCACCACCCCCAACCAGCUCCUCCGGAUAUGGAACGAUGGCAAGAUCCUGUACACCCUCAGGCUUACCAUAAAUGCUGAGUGCCAGCUGCAGCUACACAAUUUCCCAAUGGAUGAACACUCAUGUCCACUGAUAUUCUCUAGCUAUGGCUAUCCUAAAGAAGAAAUGAUUUACAGAUGGAGAAAAAACUCAGUGGAGGCUGCUGACCAGAAGUCUUGGAGACUCUAUCAGUUUGACUUUAUGGGUCUCAGAAAUACUUCAGAAAUUGUGAAAACUUCUGCAGGUGAUUAUGUAGUCAUGACUAUAUACUUCGACUUAAGUAGAAGAAUGGGAUACUUCACUAUUCAAACGUACAUUCCCUGUAUAUUAACAGUUGUUCUUUCCUGGGUAUCCUUUUGGAUUAAAAAAGAUGCCACGCCAGCAAGAACAGCAUUAGGAAUUACCACAGUAUUGACCAUGACAACUUUGAGUACCAUUGCAAGAAAGUCAUUACCCCGUGUCUCCUAUGUCACCGCUAUGGAUUUGUUUGUGACUGUAUGCUUUCUAUUUGUCUUUGCUGCUCUGAUGGAGUAUGCAACCCUCAACUACUACUCCAGUUGCAGGAAACCAAACUGUACUAAGAAGAAAAAGUCGCUACCUGAUGUCAGUUUUGGUCAUGUGAUGAAUUAUUCUGUACUUGAUAUGAGACCACCAACUACAGUCAUCACAUUGAACAAUGCCAUGUACUGGCAAGAAUUUGAAGAGGCAUGUGUCUAUGAAUGUCUGGAUGGGAAAGACUGCCAGAGCUUUUUCUGUUGUUAUGAAGAAUGUAAAUCAGGCUCAUGGAGGAGAGGACGGAUUCACAUAGACAUCUUAGAACUGGAUUCUUACUCUAGGGUCUUUUUUCCUACAUCCUUCCUGCUGUUUAACCUGGUCUACUGGGUUGGAUACCUCUAUCUUUAAAUGUUGCCUGUAGUGGUGAAGACUGUCGUGUUUUCACACUGCGGAGGGAUGGUGGAAGUGCAGAAAAAGUGAAGGACAUGGUCGGUUUCAUCUCAAAUUAUAGAGGCCACAUUAACCUUCACCAUCACAGAUCCUGAUGAAGAAUUUUAAUAUGUAAUUUCCUGAAAAAGAAAAAUGUGGAAGAAUUCUCUCCUUACUGCUAUUCAUUUUAAGGGAAAGAUUCUUACAAAAUUCAGCUGAAUUUGUAGUGUAAGCAAUGUUUAUGAAUAAUUAUUGUAUAUUAGAAUUCUUACUAUUCUCCCUUGGCAUAGAAGCUAUACACAAUUCAGGCAAGGAUUAAGUAUGUCAUUUUUGUUCUUCAUUCCCAUACUUUCUUCAAAAUGCUGCCAUAUCCCUGAGGCUCAGAGCAACAUACACCGGCACUGGCAAAUAAGCUAAAGCCAAUGAAACCACCCAUUUAUAUUUAAACUUGCUUGAGCUAUAUCCCAUAGGUUCUGGGAAAUAUUUUCCUGGUGAUCUCCUUGAUAUAGAGAAACCACCAAAAGACAGUAAUAAAUGUCUUUGGUGAAAUUAAAACAGGGAAGCUACUUACUUCAAAGGUCUGGGAUUUAUGGAAUUAGCCACUUACCUACAUGUAUUGGUUUUAAUUUGAGAUGAAAAGGCAGAGUUCUAAGAACACUAAUAUUUUGAUAUAAAUAAGACUUGACUAUCUCUGAGGCAACUGUAGGCAUAACUUCUACUGUUUUUCAAGCUUUUAACUGUCUUUUUUUAUGACUGGUUAAACACAGGAUUGUCAUUGAUUUCUAAAGUACUCUACUUGAAGCAGGACAAGAUUCCUGCUUGUUUGUGUCAUUGUAGCAGAUCACAGUUGAUAGGCCAUGAGUAAAAUCACUAUAUAAUAGCACUAGGAAUAUGUGACUUUCUUCAGAUUGCAAUUUACUAAAAAGUGCUCUCAUGCAUUCCUAUCUUUUUUCUUCCAAAGUUAUUUUAUAAAAUUAAGAAAAAAAAAAAAAAAGAAAAAAAAACUUUGAGUGCCAAAGGCGGUUUUAAUUUCUUCCAUAAAGUUAAAUUUUGCAGUCCUUAUUUAUGUUAUAUAUUCCUUGGAUCUGACCUGAAGACUGAAAACUUUUAUGGGACUGUCACCCCCUGGAUCAAACAUGGAAUAGCUGCCACAUGUAGAUCUUUCCUAAACUACCAACUACAUUUUAGUAUAGAGAGGUAUUUUGUACUUUUCAAACUGUUGACCAUUAUAUUCUUAAAAGGACCAUUUUUUUCAAAAAUUAGUUUUACAGUGUUAAACUAUAUUACUUUUUUUACAGACUGUUUCAAUAAUUAUUAAGGAACAAAACAAAUUCAAGACUAAAUAGUAAUGGCUUUUCACUACCUUUUGGAUAACAAACUGUUACAACAGAUUAGACAGAUUCACCUCAAAAAAAAA